CUGCAGUCUGUGAGUGACAGAUAAAACACAAGUGUAAAUAAAGAAAAUAUCUAGGUUGGAAAUUAUUUUUAAAUGAUAAUUAUAUCUACAAUAAUUAGUGUCAUUAGUGCAAACUAAAGAAUUUUAAACAUUGAUUUUAAAAUUAUUUCGUGCAUCGUCUUCCUACAAAUCGGUUGUGGAAAACAAACUUUUCACUAAAGAGUGAAGAAGGUAAAAAUGGCCGAGGAUUCAAAUCUACCUACAUCAGAAAAUUUAAAUACAAAAAAUGGAAAUUUCAUAUGUGGGGUAGUGGAAGGAUUCUAUGGUAGACCAUGGACAACUGAACAAAGAAAGGACCUUUUUCAAAAAAUGAAGAAAUGGGGAAUGAAUUCAUAUGUAUAUGCACCAAAAGAUGACUAUAAACAUCGAGCAUAUUGGAGAGAGCUGUAUACAGUAGAAGAAGCAGAACAUUUAACAGGGCUUAUACAGGCAGCCAAAGACCAAAACAUAAUUUUUUAUUAUGCUUUAUCACCUGGUCUUGAUAUAACAUACAGCAGUUCAAAGGAUGUUACAGCCUUAAAACGAAAGCUAGAGCAAGUAUCUCAAUUUGGAUGUAAUGCCUUUUCAUUGCUAUUUGACGACAUUGAACCCGAAAUGUCUGAAGCUGACAAGGAAAUUUUCCAAUCAUUUGCACAAGCACAAGUGUCAGUUACUAAUGAAUGUUAUCAGCAUUUAGGCCAACCUAAGUUUUUACUUUGCCCUACACAGUAUUGUUCAACUAGAGCUGUGCCUAAUGUUACAAAUUCCGAAUAUUUAAAUACUUUAGGAUCCAAAUUAGCACAAGAAAUUAAUAUUAUGUGGACAGGACAAAAAGUGAUAUCUAGGAUGCUAACUAAAGAAAAUAUUCAAGAAGUGACAGAAGUUUUACGCAGACCUCCUGUAAUUUGGGACAAUUUACAUGCUAACGACUAUGACCAAAAGAGAGUCUUUCUUGGUCCUUAUUCUGGCAGGUCACCGGAUCUUAUUCCAAAGCUACGAGGUGUCCUUACUAAUCCUAAUUGUGAAUAUGGGGCCAAUUUUGUAGCGAUUCAUACCUUAGCACAAUGGUCUAGAUGUAAUGUAGAUGCUCAAAGAGAUCCCUCCAUAAAUGACACAGUAUCUGCCGAUAUAAAAUUAGAAACUGAGACUGAAGAUGGUUUAUCUGGUGAAGACGUACCUUCGACUUUAUCUCCAAAUAUGUAUCAUCCGAGACAAGCAUUACGAAAUGCAAUAAAGGAAUGGUUGCCAGAAUUCAUAAAGCACAAAUCAGCUUGGGGCCCAAUAGCAAAACCGCAGCCUGCAGUUGCCGUUGUUCCUGUGCCUAUUAUUCCUUCAAUAAAUACCUGUAUGAGUCUAACUUCUACAAGUACUACAACAUCAUGUAGUAAUACUACCAUUGUGAAUUCGAAUCAGUUACAAGCCUUAGCUGAAGUUUGCAGUACUGUUUCUUGUACUGAUAGUCUAGUAAGCCCUGCUCCAGGACCAGUAAUGAAUUCUCUAGUAUCGGAAACCAAAGUAAUUUGUAAUGACUCGAUACCUAAUCCUAUAACCCCCGUUCCAAUUCCAAUUCCCAUCGAUACAGCGGUGUCCAAAACUGUUACCAUACUUAGUGGAGCCAUAAUCAAACCAGAGAAGCCUAAAAUUGAACAUCAAGAAGCAGAGCAUCAAACAGAAGUAACGAAUAUAAUAAAGGAUGCCAAAGAGGAGAGUACUAUGAAUACCGACACGAGUUUAAGUAACGAAUCUAGUUUAAGUCCUUCAGAACCGAUGGAUUGCAAUAGUACACCGAACAUAUCACCAGCUCAUGGUAACAAAUGUACGAAUGGAUCCAACGAAGAUGUGGCCAUGAGUGAAAAUUCGACAUCUAGUGGAAGUAUGCAAGUAGAUCCUAAUCAAAUGAUAAUAGAAAAUAAUGCGGAGAAUGAAAGCAAAGAAAUAUCUUUAACUUGCGACGACUUAGCCUUGUUAUGUGACUUAUUCUAUUUACCUUUUGAACACGGAGGACAAGGAUUGCAAUUAUUACAGGAAUUUAACUGGUUAAAAUCAAAUGCCCAUUUAGUGAUAAUCGCCAAUCAAAGGGAGGAUAAAUCUAGUCCAGAGGUUCAAGAAUGGUUUACCAGAGCCGAAAAAAUGAAUGAGAUAUCUCAGGCGAUGAACAGAUUAUUUGAACAUAUGUCCACUUGUAAUAAUAGAGAGCUCCUUUAUGAUCUUUAUUCAUAUAUUUGGGAUAUGAGAGCUGUGGUAUCAUUACUCAAUUCGUACGUCAAAUGGCUUGCUGGCGGUCAUUUUCCACCAUCGAUGCCAUCGUAUACUCAAGGGACUUACACAUGGUUUUCAAAAGGAUGGAAGGAAACGUUUAUGAGCGGUGAGCAAGAACCGUGGGUGUUCAGAGGAGGUUUAACUGCGGAUUUACAGCGUCUGAUACCCGUAGACUCCGGAAACGAUCUCUUCUUGUACAAAGUCCCCGAAGUUCCCACCAGUAGAGUGUUCACAAUACGUCCUUACCUGCCAACUGACGAAGAGAUCAUUUACAAUGUCUGCACCAGGACAUGCAAAGACGGUCUUGAAGACCCGAUACCAUAUCCAGACAAUCUUAAGAAUAUACAUGCCGAUAAGAUAGUAGGGCCUUACUUGACACUUCAUCCAGAAUUCUGUUUCGUAAUAGAAGACGAUUCUGGUGUAGUUGGGUACGCAUGUGCCGCUCCAGAUUAUAAAAAAUUUAGGGUAAAACAAGACCUGGCUUGGAUACCAGAAAUGUGUGAGAAAUAUCCGCUGGAUUGUGCUAAGAAUCUUCAUAAAUUUGCUCAAGAAGCCGCUUCACAUUUUCAUACCUUCAAAGAUGAAAUAUUUGUAAGCAGUCCCACACAUCCUUCUAGUAUGAUAUGUAGCCUACUACCUUCCGUUUUAGAUCAGUCUGUUAGUAAACGAUUAGUUACGUGUCUUCUAGCAUCUUUAAGGGCGAAUGGUUCAUUUGGUGUUCAUGUUAUAAUGAACACAUCCGACAGCUAUACACAUGCAUUUUAUGGAAAACUGGGAUUCGUGGAGAAUACCCAUGAGGCUAUUAAAGGAAAGAUUGUGAUGGGCAGAACUUUUUAAUAUGAAAAACGUUUUAUUCUCAAAACGUUGUUGGACUGACGCUGCAGUGAGAUAAUUCUUCACAAUUGUUGUUUUAUUUAUAUAUAAGGUUAUUAUAUAAUUAUAUAAAACUAUGAUUUUUGUGAUUUUUAGUAUUAUACUUCGGUUAAAUUUUGUAUCACUUUUUGUCUGAAAAAUUUAUUGUACAAUAAUAAUUUGUGUUAAAAGGAAAAAUAUAAAGUUUUAA